AUGGCUCCAUCUCAAGCGGCAGCGGCUGGCCCCACCUUUGAGGACCUCGAACGCGACCUGCAGGCAGUUCUCAUGGACCAAAACCACACGUCCCCCUCGGACGAGCUCAGCAUGUUCCGCAGCGGCAGUGCUCCCCCAACAGUCGAGGGCUCACGCACGGCCAUUGGCGCGCUCUUCUCUGGUCCGCCGCUUCCUGCCAACAACCUUGGUGGUAGCGGCAGCGGGGCUAGUGCUGUCCUUGACAUGCUCACUGAGGAGGAGAUACGGUCGCACCCAGCAUAUCUAUCGUACUACUAUUCUAAUGAGCACCUCAACCCAAGGCUUCCACCACCAAUGGUCUCCAAAGAGGACUGGCGUGCGGCGCAGCGGUUCCAGGCUGUGUCCGGAGGUAUCGGGGAUAGGAGGAGGAGACCUUCGGAGGUCGGGAGUGGAAACUCGCUGUUCUCGGUGCAGCCAGGCCGUGAGGUUGGUGGAGAGAAGGCGCUGCUGGGUGAUAGAAUGGGGAGGGGUGAAAGGAAUGGGCUUGCACGGCAGCAGUCAUCAGAGUGGCUUGGGAGAGGCGCCGAUGGGCUCAUCGGCUUGACAGAUGUCAGUGGCCUUGGGUCUCGGCGCAAGAGCUUUGCUGAUGCAUUGCAGGAAAAUAUUAGCCAUCCUGCUGCUACAGUUGGUCAUCUUUCACGUUCUAAUAGCCGUAAUGCUCUUGAGGGCCCAACUCCAAUCAGGUCAUCUGAUUCACCCAAGCCACAACUGCAGAAUAGAUCAGAAUCCAUGAAUGGCCUGCGAUCUGGAUCCACUUCACCCAGUCUGGUCAGGGUCCAAAGUCUUGGUUCUUCAAUGUCUCAUACCUUUGCUUCUGCAGUAGGUUCAUCUAUCUCAAGAAGCACCACCCCUGACCCACAGCUGAUACGGAGAACUCCAAGUCCUUGCCUUCCUCCAGUUGGAGUUCGGAUGGGGAGUUCUGAUAGAAAGGUUGAAGCUGCAGCUGUUGCUUCACUUAAUCAUGAUGCUGCUGACAUUGCGGCAACUCUGUCUAGCUUAAGCCUAUCUGGAAAUAGGAUGUCGAAUGUGGAAAAUGAUGUUCAGAAUCAUGUUUAUCAGAACUUUGGUGACCAGGCAGAUGUGCUGUUUAAUGUACCAAAGGAACAUAGGCAACUUUCACCACAAAAUUUAACUCAAAAUACCGAUGAAGACUCGCUUAAUGCCCCUGAAUAUGCAGUUUUUCCAAAUGGGGGGAGUAACUUCAGUAAUUUGCAUGCUAGUAAGCUGACAUCUCAUAGCAAUAGCAAGUUCCCUAUGCAGUCACCACACGGUAAUGCGAACAAGAAAGGAUCUUUGAUGAGCUCAGCUGGAUCAGUUUCUCACUACCAGAACUUGAAUGGUGAUAGCCAUGGCAUUGAUGUAUCUGGAUGGCAUAUGAAAACUCAUGCAGGCGGUUUUACUUCAUCCAUGCUGAAUAAUCAACUGAAUCCUGGACACUUGGAUAGUCCUGGAUACCAAAAAGCUUACCUUGGGUCAUUAUUUGCCCAGCAAAAGCUACAGUAUGGGAUGCCAUACCUGGGCAAGUCUGGUGCUCUUAAUCAAAAUAUCUAUGGCAAUGAUCCUGCAUUUGGCAUCGGAAUGACUUAUCUAACAAGCCCACCAUCCAGUCCGUAUAUCUCAUCUCCUCAAGGCCAUGUCAGGCAAGGAGAUCGACUGACUCGACUUCCAGCCAUGGUGAGGAACACUGCUGGAGGAUCCAUGGGAUCAUGGAAUUCAGAGAAUGGUCUGAUGGAUAAUGAUUAUGGGUCCUCCCUGCUGGAGGAAUUCAAAACUAACAAAACCAGAUCUUUUGAGCUGUUAGAUAUUGUAGGCCAUGUGGUAGAGUUCAGUUCGGAUCAGUAUGGGAGUCGCUUUAUACAGCAGAAACUAGAAACUGCUUCUAUUGAAGAGAAGAAUAUGAUUUUUCCUGAGAUACUUCCCCAGGCACGUACUUUGAUGACUGAUGUUUUCGGGAACUAUGUUAUACAGAAGUUCUUUGAAUACGGAACUGAAACACAAACGAAGCAACUGGCAACCCUGCUCAAGGGUUAUGUGUUACAGCUGAGUCUUCAAAUGUAUGGCUGCCGGGUGAUUCAGAAGGCUUUGGAAGUUGUUGAAGUGGAACAACAAACACAAAUGGCUUUGGAACUUGAUGGAUCUAUCAUGAGAUGUGUUCGUGAUCAGAAUGGCAACCAUGUUAUUCAAAAAUGUAUAGAAUGCAUCCCUCAGGAGAGGAUACGAUUUAUCAUUUCUGCCUUUUACGGACAUGUGGUGGAGCUUUCCAUGCAUCCCUAUGGUUGCCGUGUUAUUCAGAGGGUAUUGGAGCAUUGUGAUGAUGAAAGCACACAAAAUGCCAUGAUGGAAGAGAUCAUGCAGUCUGUGGUUACUUUAACAGAGGACCAGUAUGGUAAUUACGUAAUCCAGCAUGUCUUGCAGCAUGGGAAACCAGAAGAGCGUUCUACUAUAAUUACACAACUCGCCGGACAGAUAGUGAAGAUGAGCCAGCAAAAAUUUGCUUCUAAUGUUGUUGAGAAGUGUCUUACUUUUGGUAAUCCUGAGCAACGCCAGAUUCUGAUCAAUGAAAUGCUUGGCACAACUGAUGAGAAUGAGCCAUUACAGGCAAUGAUGAAAGACCAGUUCGCAAACUAUGUGGUGCAGAAGGUUCUAGAGAUAUGUGAUGACCAGAACCGUGAAUUGAUUCUUUCCCGUAUCAAGGUGCACUUGAAUGCACUGAAAAGAUACACCUAUGGGAAGCAUAUUGUGGCACGUGUUGAGAAGCUUAUUGCCGCAGGAGAACGGCGCAUUGGUGCCCCAUCCUCCUGCUGA